AUGUUCCCUGCCAGUCGAGGGCUUGCGCUGUCACUCGUCGCGGUACUCCUAGGCUGGUUAUACUGGUUCCAGAAUCCCCAGAUAUAUCCCCUGGUUAAUGGAAAGCGCCGCUUUGGGUUCCGGGCAGUUCACGCGCAACGACGGUUUCUGUCUAAUGCGCGUGGUCUGAUUCAGCAAGGCCUCGCCCAGUGGCCUGUCUUUAGGAUUCUAACCGACAACGGAUACAAACUCGUGCUUAGUCCGAAAUAUGCCAAUGAAAUUAGGUCUCAUGAAGACCUGAACUUUGUCAAGGCCGCCGUGGACAGGUUCCACGCCGAGAUACCUGGAUUCGAGGUCUUUAAGCAGGCGACCAGGGCGGAUGAUAUUCUGCAGGAUGCGAUCAGAACGAAGAUGACCCAAAGUCUUGGGAGUGUCACGAAGCCACUAUCGCAGGAGAUGGGUGCUGCGCUGCAGACCAACUGGACGGAUUCACCUGAAUGGCACACCAUCACACUCAAACCCACAAUCCUCAAUAUCAUCGCCCAGAUAUCAUCCCGGGUCUUCCUCGGUGACCGCCUCUGCCGAAACCCAGACUGGCUCCGGAUCACAGUGGAUUACACGGUUGACUGCUUCGAGGCCGCAGACACACUGCGCUUGUGGCCGGCGCUUUUGAGACCUAUCGUCUCCCCAUACAUUCCAUCAUGCCGAAAGAUCCGGGCAGAGAUCCAAGAGGCUAGGGAUAUCAUUUUCCCUGUACUCGAGCAACGAAAAAAAGAGAAACAAGACGCUAUUGACCGGGGAGAUACACCGGAAAAGUACAACGACGCUAUGGAGUGGAUGGAACAGUGCGCUAAGGGACGGCCGUAUGAUGCUGCUAUUGCGCAGCUGACGUUCUCCGUGGCGGCGAUUCAUACCACGUCUGACAUGCUUGUGCAGGUAUUGUAUGAUAUCUGUGGAUAUGAGGGGCUGGUUGAGGAGUUGCGAGAGGAAGUUACCACUGUGUUGAGGGCGGAUGGAUGGACCAAGACUGCGCUGCAUAAAUUGAGGUUAAUGGAUAGUGUGAUGAAGGAAAGUCAGAGACUUAAGCCAAGUCAAAUCAUCUCCAUGCAACGCCUGGCGGAGAAGACAAUCAAGCUCUCUGAUGGAACUACGAUCCCUAAGAAUACCCUGCUCUAUGUCUCGUCCGAGCGUAUGUGGGAUGAGUCCAUCUACCCAAACCCGGAUCAAUUCGACCCUUACCGGUUCCUGCGGCUUCGUCAAACUCCUGGACAUGAAGCGUCGGCGCAGCUCAUAACGCCAACUCCGGAGCAUCUGGGGUUCGGCCUAGGGAAGCAUGCUUGUCCCGGGCGUUUCUUUGCUGCCAAUGAGAUGAAGGUCGCGCUGUGUCACAUUUUACUGAAGUAUGAUAUUAAGAUGACCAAGGAGUGGGAGGAUCCACGGCCGAUUAGGAGGGAGGUGGUCCUUUUGGCAGACCCUAGGGCAAAGAUGGUGCUUCGGAGGAGACAGACUGAGAUUGAUUUGGAUAUUUAG